GAGCCAUGCUGGCCAACGACAGGACUGCCCCUACCGACCGGCGAGAGCCCAGACGAAUGCCCUCCCAAAAGCCCCCUGGCCUGCCUUGUUACCAUUGUGGCGCGGCAGACCGCUAUUGCUUUUUGUUGGGCAUGGCGCUGUGAAGGGAAGCACAAGACCGGCGAGCCUUUGCUCCACCGUGUGGCUUUGGCUUGAAUCUAUCCCAGCACCUCUCGGCCACGAGGCGCAGUAUCGAAGAGUGAGGCGUCGCAGGGACUCGGUCGUGCAAGGCAGAUCGUGACGCAGUCGAGAGAGAGGCUUGUGCGGGACGGAGGCUAGGCGUGUCUCUGUUGUUGGGGCCGUGGCCUGAAUCGUCUGCCCUCGGUGCGGGAUGUGGUUCGCGGGCAAAGCUGCCAGCAGUAGGGGGCUUUUCAGGCAAACUCGCACGUGUCUGGCUGGCUGGGGUGAUCCCCCUGGCUAUGGGCAGGAGAGAGAAGAGACAUUUCCCAGAAUGCCUCGGAAAUGGGAAGGGCAAGAAUGGUCAAAAGACGGUUUGUGGGGGGGAUUAAGCAUGCGGCAGACAGCCUUCUUUAUUAACGAUCCUCGACACAGAUCCCCGGGAACUCGGCUACGUACGAGGACAGGGCAGUGGAUAUGGGCUGGCAAAAGGUCAGCGGAAGCCGCCAGGAGGCGUGGAUGGAAGACCUGUAUCAACAGAGGCCCUGUAUUCCCGGCCAUCCCAGCGGCUUACUCUCUCACCUCACCGUCUGUAGCACGACGGGGGUGGAUAGAAGAUGCAGACUGCCCAAAGGAGACGAGGAGAAGUGUGGGUGGUGAGACACUGAGACAUCAUCACCAGCAUGGAAGCAAGCCGAAUCACACAAAGCCGCGCUGUGGCGGCAUUUCACCUCUCACUGCGACGGCGCUUGCAUAUGGAAAGAAGCGAUCUAGCCGGAACGACUCAACUGGUGAUAACUAGGGAACUGCUGGGGUGUGUUCUCCACGAGCGACACGCUACAUAAGAUAUCGGACGCCGCAGAACGCAGUACUCGUACGCAUUGGGGAGCCUCCCCGAAUGGCGACAGUGGGUUCAUGCACCCAAGCGGUGGACCGUGGACGAUCUCCAUUAUCGCCGCUGCCAAACUACA